AUGUGCACAAUUAGACAUGGUAACCCAAUUAGACAUGGUCACCAGACACUAAUUCUUGCAGGAGAUUUCAAUGGAAAAGUCGGUACGAGGUUUAAUGAUGAUGUAGUUGGACGUUUUGGAGACCCAGAUACAAAUGACAGUGGUAACAGAUUGGUGAAUACAUGCAAACAAUAUAAUAUGAAAAUUAACAAGACCUUUUUCCAGCAUAAACAAAUUCAUCAGUAUACUUGGACACGGCCGUCUUUGGGUCAGAAAUCAAUUAUUGACUUUAUAAUAACUAAACAAUCUAUCCAAGAAAAGAUAAAAAAUGUCACUGUAAAGCGAGGAGCGAAUUGUGGGUCGGAUCAUUUUAUGGUUGUCUCUGAGAUGAUUUAUCCUUACAUGAACAAAAACACAAACAACAAAUAUGACACAACAGAAGCUGAAACGGAGCAAGUCACUCUGUCAUAUCCAAGAUAUAAAGUCAACUUGUUAGGAGAUGACAGUAUUAAAUACCUCUACCAACGACGUAUCAAGCAUCAUUUGCAGAAAGAACAACCCAAGCAUACUAUUGAAGAAGAACAUACCCAAAUUACACAAGCCGUACAUCAAGCAAUGCAGGAAGCUGUAGGAUAUAAGGAGCAAAUCAAGAACCAACCUAUAUGGAUGACGGAUAAGCUUGAAGAGAAGAUAAGUGAAAAGAAGUUGAAUUAUAAUAACUGGUUAGGAAUCCAACAGAUGAAAAUUGGUUAG